AUGCUAGCUCCAGCCGCAGCCCCACCCGGCCGCCCGAGGGCAGCCGCCGACCCGCCGAGCGAGAGGGCGCCCGUCGCGCGUGACGCCGGCAUCCUGAGCGCUGCUGCCGUGCGCGCCCUGGCCUCGGAUCUCGAUGCGCUGCCUACCCAUGUCGAAGGCUGCGUCCGCCUGCUGGCCGAGGGACACACUGUGCCGUUCAUCGCUCGGUACCGGCAGCCCGAGACCGGUGGCAUGGCCCCGCCGCUUCUGCGGCGAAUCGAUGCGGCGUCAAGGGAUGCGGCGAGCCUCGCAGCACGGUGCGACGCGGUCGUUGCGGCGCUGCGCAAGACGGAUCGCUUGACAGCCCAGCUCGAGGCCGCGCUGCGCGCGGCUCCCACUCUGGCAGCGCUCGAAGACGCGAUGUGGUGCGCGACGAUCGACGAUAGCGGGCUUUCCCAGGCCUUGCGCGCGGCGGCGGCGGGUUCGGGUGCUCGAUCCAGCGAGGGCGGCACCGAGGCGGCGCUGCGUGAGGGCACUCAAAAGGUGCUGGCCGAGAUGACCGCUCGUUCGCCCGCGGUGCGCGAGGCUGCGCGCGGCGCGCUGCGCAGAUGCGCGCUGGUGAAAUGCACAGCGGUCGCAGGCAAGCGAUCGAUCAGCGGGAGCGGCGGCGCCGGCGCCGCGAGCUCCAAGAAGGCGAGCACGGCAACCGCAGCGGCGGCGGCCAGCGGCGGCGAGAAUUUUCGCGACUACGCGGACUUUGAGCGGCCCCUCAGCGCGGUCUCGUCGCACGCGUGGCUGGCGAUGCACCGCGGCGUCGAGCUCAAGCUGCUCCGGCUCUCCGUCGCGCCCCGCGACGAGGCUUCCGUCGCCGCCGCUGUCCAGCGGCGCGCGCUCGAGGCGGCGCGGUGCGAGGCGAUCGAGUGCUUCGCCGCCAACCUUUCGCCGCUGCUGCUCGCGCCCCCGCUGCGCGGCACGGCCGUGCUUGGCGUCGACCCAGGCUUCGCACACGGCCACAAGCUCGCGGCGGUCCGCGUGAUUGCCGAGCUGUGCGACAGCCAUGGUGUGGGAGCCGUCGCGGUGGGCGACGGCCAGAACAGCCGUGAGGCGCAGAGGCUGGUCGCCGCCGCAAUCGCAGCGACACGUCGUGGCGGCGGACGGUUGCGAUACGCUGUGGUGCGCGAGAAUGGCGCCUCAAUCUACUCAGCGUCCGAUCUAGCGGCGGCGGAGCUGGGCGAUGUGCCGCUGCAGCACCGCGCCGCCGUCUCGAUUGCGCGCCGUUUGGCCGACCCGCUGUCCGAGUUUGUCAAGAUUGAGCCGGCCGCGCUGGGCGUCGGAAUGUACCAGCGCGAUUUGCCCGCCAAGGAGCUCGGCGCGCGGCUGGAUGCGGCCGUCGAGGACGCCGUCGCAGCGGUGGGAGUCGAGGUGAAUGGCGCGUCGCCUUCAUUGCUGCAGCGCGUCGCCGGCCUCAACAGGAAGACUGCAUCCGCGCUGCGCGCCCACAUCGACACCGCGGGCGAGCUUUCGAGCCGUGAGUCGCUGAGGCAGGUGCCCGGCAUCGGUCCCAAGACGUACGUCAACAUUGCCGGCUUCCUGCGCAUCACGGCUUCCGACGGUGCGCCGCUCGCGGAGCCGCUGGACGCGAGCCGCGCCCGAGCCCUGCUCGCGGCAGCUGGCAUCGGCUCGGGCGCUCUUGGCCAGCUCGCGCGCCGCGGCGGGGGAUUUGCCGAGGGUGACUGCGCGCGCCUCCGUGCGCUCGCUGCUGCUCCUGCCCCCGGCGGUGGCGCCGCCUCUCCUGGCGGCGGGCGGGCGGCGCUGGUCGAGCUUCUUUGCGACCCGCUCUUGUGCGGCGACCCGCGCGAACAGCUCGCGCCGCCGCCGCAACUCGUGGCGAGCGCACCGCGUUCCCUCGCCGACGUGCGCGCGGGCGACGUGUUCGAGCACGCCGUCGUCAAGAACGCCGCCCCGUUUGGCCUUUUCGUCGACGUGGGUGUCGGUUCGGACGGGCUCCUCCACGCUUCCGAGCUCAAGAAGCGCGGCAGCGGCCGCCACGUCCCAACAGUUGGCGCGAGCAUCUGUGUGACCGCAAAGGCGGUGGACAUCAACCGCGGGAGACUAUCCCUCGCGCUUCACCCUGUCUGGCCGUUAUCCAUCGCGUCCGAGUCCCCGUCGUUCAUGUUGAUAUAG